AUGACGCUGAUGAAUGUGUUCGAUAUGUUUGACUUUGAUAGCGAUGGUCUCCUGUCUCGAAAUGAAUAUUCUGCUUUUGCCAUUGCUACAGCUGACACACCCCCAGACGAUGAGGAAUGGCAGCUUCUGACUAGCCAAUUUGAUGCACGAGAUGAAGCUUUAACAAUGGUCGGCUUUCUGUUUAUGCACGAGUGUGAAGCGUUUUCUGGAGAUGAUCUGGCUGUUCCUGACAUAUGGGAGUCACUGUAUAGAUUGGGUUACGACAGUAAUCUACAAUUACAGUAUGUGAGUUUUUGUAUUCGGGAAUUUUUUUUUGCUUUGCAUCAUAUAACUGCAUAUAAUUGACA